AUGGGAACCGCGCUGGACGGCCAUUCUCGAUUACCACAGCUGAAAAACUCGAGUAAGGCCAAAUCGGAAUGUGCGCUAAAAUGGUACCAAGAGUGCUCACUGAUCACUAAUAAUGAAGAUACUGAAGAUACUGAAGAUACUGAAGAUACUGAAGAUACUGAAGAUACUGAAGAUACUGAAGACACUGAAGAUACUGAAGAUACUGAAGAUACUGAAGAUACUGAAGAUACUGGAGAUACUGAAGAUACUGAAGAUACUGAAGAUACUGAAGAUACUGAAGAUACUGAAGAUACUGAAGACACUGAAGAUACUGAAGAUACUGAAGAUACUGAAGAUACUGAAGAUACUGGAGAUACUGAAGAUACUGAAGAUACUGAAGAUACUGAAGAUACUGAAGAUACUGAAGAUACUGAAGACACUGAAGAUACUGAAGAUACUGAAGAUAAUGAAGGUACUGAAGAUACUGAAGAUGCUGAAGAUACAGAAGAUACUGAAGAUAAUGAAGAUACUGAAGAUACUGAAGAUGCUGAAGAUGCUGAAGAUGCUGAAGAUACAGAAGAUACUGAAGAUAAUGAAGAUACUGAAGAUACUGAAGAUACUGAAGAUACUGAAGAUACUGAAGAUAAUGAAGGUACUGAAGAUACUGAAGAUACUGAAGAUUCUGAAGAUACUGAAGAUACUGAAGAAGUAUGUGCAGUUUUAAUUCUUAAUCAAUGGAAAUAG